GCUAGACGUCGGAGCGUCAUAGCAACGGUUGGCACAUCGCGGCUUGUGUCUUCGCCUGCCGACAUGUGGCUGUGUAAAUCCUCGCCGGCCCUCCUGCUGCUCGCGGGCCUCCUAGUCGUCAUCCCGCCUCAGGUCGUGUCAGAGGAGAUCCAGGGAACCGAACACAAAGUGGAGAAACGCCACGUGGGAGCGCUGGCCCGCACGGGGCAGCUGCCCUUCCAAGGUAAGCGUUCCUACGCCUCCCUCGCGAAGAACGGGGAUCUGCCACUCUACGUGCGCGAAGUGCUGAACAAGAAGAUGCACCCCAUGAUGGCGGGCGGCAGGAACCUCGGAGACGUGUUCCUGCCCGCCGGCAAGCGGUAUCUGGGCUCAGUGGCCAGGAGCGGGGCACUCCCCUUCAGCCGCGCAGAGGGCAAGAGAUCCGAGAGCGACGAGGACGCGACCCAGGCCGACAACAUUCUGCAGAGCAUACUGGAGACUGAGGACUUGUGGCGACUCCAGCUUAGGACACUGAAGCAAGAGCUGCUAAGAGAGAAGGAGGAGGAACUCGACAACCAGCUACAAGAAGAAGAAACCGAAGAAGAGAAACGGAAUUUUGCGUCACUUGCCAAAAGUGGAAACUUGCCUUUUAAGGAAGGGAAGAGAAGUGUUGAAGCACUCGCCCGCGCUGGGUACCUACCAGUGCCCAGAACCCUUCACGAAUCAGAGGAAUAUCCGCACGACAGCAAUGAGAGCAGUGAAGAGUUGGUGGGAAAAAGAAAUAUCGCAGCUAUGGCUAAGAACGGCUUACUGGGCGCCCAUGGACUGAAUGAAAGGGAAGACGCGUUGGACGUGAAUGGCCAUCUGCACCAAAAGAGACUUGGCGAUGAUGUAGACGAACUUAUCCAGGAACUGUACGAGGAGGGCCAGGAGAUCAGCAAGCGGAACAUAGGUUCGUUGGCCAGGGGGUUUAACUUCCCGUAUUAUGGAGGCAAGCGGAACCUGGGAUCCAUCGCUCGGGCCGGGGGCUUCAGAUUUGGGGGUGCAGCCAAGAAGAAUGACGAUGACGAAAGCUUAGACGGCGAUAAACGCAGUGUGACUUCCUUGAUUCGAAACCGGAUCAGUCCGUUACGAGAAGGAAAACGAUAUAUUGGCUCUAUCGUGAGGAAUCAGGGCUCACGUUUUGGGGCGUCCAAAAAGGAUUAUUUUGAAAGUGAUGGAGAGGCCAAGAGGAACAUUGGGGCAAUGGCUAGGAACUGGCACUUUCCGGAGCAUCUCAAGUACGGGAAGCGCCUCGACGACGAGGAAGGAGACGCAGAAGACAUGGCCAAACAGUACGUAGCAAAUCUGCUACGACAAGACGGCCUUCCUGUUGGAGUCUCAGCUUCCAACGACGACCCUGAGGAAGACAAGCGACAUAUCGGUUCUCUGGCCGCGAAGGGCUCUUUCCAGAUACACAAGAAGUCGAGUCGAUCUUCCGGCAGCGACGGUGUUGCAUAUAACAGCACACAGCAAGUAGAAACCAGCAGCAGGGCCAAGAGAUCCCUGCACGAGGAAAACCAUAUCCAGGGUGAGUGGGGGAAGAGGACCAAACGGCAGGCGUUCCUGCUGCCUGCGCCCUCUUCUGACGAGUUCCCGAUGCCGGUCAUGCAGAACUCUGACCUAUUCGACUAUGAAGAUUUUGCCGAGCUGCUCUCUGGGGCAUCCGCGCCAGAGAAACGGUUCCUAGGAAGGAUCCCGCAGAUGGGGAGCAAAGGUCCGAGGACAACCCCGUCCCCGGGCCGGAAGCGCCCUCACGCGAGAAACAUCUGAACGACAACAGCCUUCAAGUUCUUCCUGCGACCAGCACCGAACUUCAAUCUGAUACUGUAACCUCGCCCACAAACAGCGCAUUUAUGAACGUGCCCACACAAACAGCAACAUCGCGCUCCUCUGGUUUGUAUCUGAAACUCUUCGAUAUCUCGAGACAGUACCAAAUAUCAUGUUUCCAAAAAUAUAUUUGCAGCUAGGGCUCCGAGCGGUGGAUCAGUGAGCACCGGUACCCUUUGCGCCCCAAAAAUUGUAUAUUUGGAGGUCAUAAAUAUUUCGUCUUAAAUUACAAUAACAUAACGAAUUAUGCUUACCCCUAAGUAAAAAAGUUAAGCUAUCCAUGUAACAGACCGUGAAGGCCCAUAGGGUUGUGAGGGUCUCACAAUACUAGACAAUCGGCUCAAAGA